AUGGUUGGCUACCGAAAGGACGAAUCAUUAACACCAAACCAAAAAUUAAUUGCUGGUUGUAUAUCUGGUGUUGUCACACGGUUUGUAACUCAGCCUUUAGAUGUAUUGAAAGUACGAACACAGCUGCAGAAAAAGAUGACAGAGGAAAGACGUCGUAACGUAUAUGAAACAACCAAGAAAAUAUUUUAUGAAGAAGGUUUAACCGCUUUCUGGCAUGGCCACAGUCUGGGUCAGAGUAAAUUGUCUUUACAGAUGCAUUCAAUUCUUUCUACGACCAGUCAGUUCUAUGUGUAUGAAGUUACUACUAAGUUUGUUUUUAGUUCUCCAGUAAAUCCCAAAUACAAGACAUUUCUAGAAUUUAUAUGUGGAAUAUGCGCUGGUUCAUGUAGCGCCACUUUAGUCACUCCUCUUGAAGUGAUAAGAGUACGACAGAUGUUGAUCAAAGAGCAGUAUAGAGGGUUCUUUAACGGCGCAAAAGCAGUGUACAGGUCUGGUGGGCUACUGGCAUUUUAUGAGGGAUGGGCAGCUGGAGUCCUGAUGCUAGGACCACAAGUUGGGAUAACAUUCUCUGUGUUCAGUUUCCUUCAACCAUUGUUCCUGAGCUAUUUCUAUAGCUGUGAUGGGCACUGCACUCAUGCCAAGGCAAGUGCUCACAAACCCGAGCACCUCCUCUAUGCCACCACUGCCGCUGGAAGCAUUGCUGGUUUUGUAGCCAAAGUCUUGACGUAUCCUUUAGAUCUUGCAAAACGACGAUUACAAAUUGGUAGUCAUAAAUCUGACGACAAAUUUUACACGCCAUCUACUUCUAGAAAUUUAGUGAAGUGUACUAAACUUGUACAGUGCAUCACCCAGACAGUAAAAGUUGAAGGAUUUUGGGGUUUGUAUCGAGGCAUAACUGUCACAAUUUACAAAGCUCAAAUGGUCAACAUUGUCACGUUUACGACGUACGAACUCGUGUGUUAUUUUAUAAGG